CGACCUGUGUAACCCUCCACUUCCUGCGCACGUAUUUUUCCCCUCGAAUUCUCUUGUCAUCUUCAUUGCUGUAUUUUGGAUUAUUAAUUUUUGUUCCUGGGAGUCCUAGAUCUCGUGAAGUUGGAGAAACGGACGUACCGACUUUGAGCUGUUCUCCAACGACAACCCCACACAUUACACGCGCCGAGACACGUCCUCCGCAUAAAGUUAUUAAACCUUACCAACUACUCGCGACAAUCUCAGGAACAAAGGGCCCAAACCAGUGCCUACCAUGCUCAUUGGCAUCUGUGGGAGCAUCUGCUCCGGCAAAAAGACGGUGGCUCAGUAUCUCGUGGAACAUCAUGGCUUUAAACGCUUAUAUAUCCAGUCUGGGGGAGUAGGAGAUUCGUCACUGAGCGUAGUCAAGGCAAACUCUGGGUCACAACCCGCAGAGCUGAACGGAAUUAAUGAUGCCGCUUCAAAGGGGUUUAUCAGUCGUUCGCCAUCCUCGACAGCGCUGACAUUUGAUACCACAGCAGCUAUGCUCGAUUAUGUCACUACACGCUGGCAAAACCGGUUUGUUACAACAGAUAUUUGUACAGAGUCUAUUUUGGAGGUCUUUGCACGCAGGCCGUUCUUCCUUAUGUUGUCAACCGAUGCUCCCUCGACUGUACGCUGGCAGCGUUUCCAAGACCGAGCCAAGCAACGGGGCGAGCCAGGUCUGGACCUUGGAGAAUUUGUGCAAAAGAACGAUGAGAUGCUAUAUGAUCAAUCCACCGGUCUCCAAUCACUGAUAUCGAAAGCCGCCAUCCGGCUUCUAAACACGUCGUCAUCACUUGCACAUCUCUACGCUACUCUGGGCAAACUUGAUAUCCCCAACCCUGAUCGCCUUCGUCCAGGAUGGGACACCUACUUUAUGGCUCUUGCAUCCCUUGCCGCUAACCGAUCUAACUGCAUGAAGCGCCGAGUUGGUUGCGUUUUGGUUGGAAACGGCCGUCGUGUUAUCAGCACGGGAUACAACGGUACGCCGCGCGGGCUUCGUAACUGUGCCGAUGGAGGCUGUCCCCGUUGCAAUGACGGAAACAGCUCCGGCGUGGGCCUGGCAACUUGUCUAUGUCUUCAUGCCGAAGAAAACGCGCUUCUUGAGGCUGGGCGGGAAAGAAUCCGUGAGGGCUCGGUCUUAUACUGUGAUACCUGCCCGUGCCUAACAUGUAGCAUCAAAAUUUGCCAGGUUGGAAUCAGCGAGGUUGUAUAUGCAUACGGUUACAGCAUGGAUAAUGAGACAGCGGCUGUUUUUCGUGAAGCAGGCGUCAAAUUACGCCAAUUUACACCGGCACCAAACGGUCUCAUUUACCUGGAGAAGAUGGAAUUGUAUUAGUGUAGUUGGUGCAUGGCGUAGGCGAUUGGGGUAUUUAGUUAUUGUUGGUGUAUAAAUGCAUAUAUUGGCGUUGAACUUUU